AGAGCACCUCUUAACAAUGGGACAUGAUUUAAUCUGUUUUUCCAUCUUUCUUCACACAUUUGCCAAUGAAAUCCUUGAUAAAACUUCCUGAAGUUGUGAUAUUUUACUUACAGUGUUUGAACGAAUACAUAGCUCAUAGCUAUACUGUUGUUAGAAAUAUUUUGGGUUAAGCAGAGAAGGAACAUGAUCACGGUUGGUAAAUGACAAGUGCAGAGUGAGCUAUUGUGUUUGGGGUUUUUAGUCGGUGAGAUAUUUGAUACAUGAGAGCAGUAAUGCGAUAAGCUACAAGGAAGUUUAUAUGUCUGAGUUGCAAGUUGUAAAAUAAACUUAAAGCUUGGUUAAACUAAUGGAAACAUGCUGAAAUGCCUGAAUGAAAUGUCUUAUGACUUAAAAAAAUGUGCAGAUUUUAAGCAAACUGUUUGUUUAGAAGUAAAAAGGACCUAAAAGCAUUUGAGGAAAUGUGCCUUUCAAGGCAAAUAAGACUUCAAUAGGAAGUGGUUUUAGUGGACUUGAUGAUUUAUAAGACUAAAAAUGGCUGAGCCAAAUAUGUAUGUACAGUUGACUGGACUAUCAUUAGACCCGAGAUACGAUGAUGGAGAAAUUUACGCCAAUACACCUAGCUCAGCGCCUGCACCCGUUUCAAGUGAACCUUAUGGCCUUGAACUAGAUUAUUACUAUGGUGAUAUUUCAAAGUCAGAGGUCAACGAGCUAUUGAUGGGGAAACCUGAUGGAUCGUUUCUAGUUCGAGAUGCCUCAACACCUGGCGAUUACACCCUGACACUAAAAAAAGGCGGUGCAAAUAAGUUGAUUAAGAUUUAUAAUUGUGUAGGAAAGUUUGGGUUUUCAGAUCCUUAUGAAUUUGAUUCGCUGAAGGAUUUAAUCGAUUACCACAGAGUGAAUUCCCUUCAAUCAUAUAACCCCUCGCUGGAUAUGAAACUGUUAUAUCCAGUUACCCGGGAAGUCAAAAGGGAUUCUUUUGGUGAUGACUCCAAACGAAAACAAGACUACAGGGAACUUGUGGAAAAACUCCGUUGUGAGGAAUAUGAACUCGGCCAUAUGUAUGAAGAGCAGGAGAUAUGUUUGCAAGACCUCAACGAGAACACAAAGCUUCUUGAGGCUCUGGAGAUGACCGUCGCCGUCUAUACAGAGCAGGUUGAGCGACAUCGUGAGUUCCAUGGGGAUGUAGCAGCAGGCGAACUUAACAAAGUCCACCACAAUUUCUCUGCUCUGUUGGAGAGACGCCGAGAGAUUGGUGAAUACAAAGAGCAAGUGGACCAAGUUCUCAAGCAGAUUGUACAGGAGAACCGGAUUAUAACUGCAAAUAUCAAGGAUAAAAAGGAGAGCGUUGUAAAGCUUUCAAAGGACAAAUUGCGCAAACAAAGAUAUCUGGUUGAGACUGGGUUGUUGCCUCAUUCCGUGGAGGAGACAUGGUACGUUGAAUGUACCAGGGACGAGGCAGAGAAACUUCUGAUGCAUUCAGACCCCAUGGAUCCUCACUACAGGCAAUUUUCCGACACUGGAACAUUCCUUGUCAGGAAAGGGGAGAAAAAUGGCACGGAUUGUUAUGCAAUUUCAAUUGUUUUUGAUGGGAAAAUAUCGCACCUAAAGAUUUUCUACGAUGAGAUACAUGGGUAUGGGCUAUCUGCGCAGAAUUCAUCACACCCAUCGCUUAUAGAUCUGGUCCUGUAUUACGAACAGACGUCUUUAGAGACAUUAUACAAAAAAGUGAAAUCCCGUUUAUUGUACCCUUAUAAAAGCAUGGAAAGCUUUAAAUACUAUGACGCUGAACCAAUAUAUAAUUGAAGGGUACUUUUAUUGACAAGUGUAUAAAUUCUUGACUUGAUCAGAUGGGCAUGGUUUGGUAUCCAAAUCAUGUUGAUGUACGUUUUAAUGUUUUGUUAAACGUUAGAUUUUCACAAACUUUGUUUUUCAUUAUGCUCUUUACAAAACAAAUUGUGCAUUAUAAGAAUGCACCAGUGUGUGUAACAGUUUGAACUGAGUAACCUAGGGUAAUAAGUGUGUUCAGCAUAUUCACAACAUGUUAGCAACAGCCAUGUAAUUUAUGAAAGAAAAUUAAAUUAAGUUAUUAUAGGUGUUGGUCUAUGCCGUUUAUAAAAAAUAGCCACAUAAUGUUUAUGUAUAUGUGUAUUAUGACGUUAUGUUGUGGUUGCAUGGUAUAGUUACCUUUCUAUUAAUUUUAACAUGCCUUUUCCCCGGGCCAUUGCUUAAAUGAUUGUCAUCUACGUUUACACAUUCAGUGAAAUAGUCCCACACAAGUAAUUUGCAUGUCACAAACCAUGUAAACUGACAUGCGCUAUAAAAACUCACCAAAUCUAUUUGUUUGUAAAUUGGUGUUAUUUUAUGUAUACAGUAGUUUAUUCGAAUUAAAAAUAAUGUACAAAAUAACAAUAAAUGAGAUGAUUAUAA